AUGGGUACUCGGAGCGUGGAAACCGGUAAUGCGAGCACACUCGGAUGUUAUCGUCCGAUCAGAGUGAACUCGGACCGUGUCCUACUUUUACGAGCUGACUCGGAUCAUUGCGGUUAUAUCAAAAUGGCGUCAAAUGUAAAUGUGCAACCGCUUCGGAAAAAAAGGUGGAGCGAGCGCGAUACACUGAAGUUUGUUGAGCUGUAUGAAGCAGAAGAGGUAUUGUGGAACGUAAGACUUAGUUCUUACAAGAAUAAAGACGCAAGAAAUGCUGCUCUGCAGCGCAUUAUAAAUAACUUAAAUAUAGAACGCACCACCAUCCAGGAUAUCAAUACAAAAAUAAAUAACAUACGUAGCACGUAUUCACAAGAAAAGAUGAAGAUUAAAAAGUUACAAGGAACUGGAUCGGGGGCUGACGAUAUAUAUACACCAUCUGUCCCAUGGUUCGAAAUAGCCGACAGAUUUCUGUCUGAAAUUAUUAAGCCGAGAAAAACCUUUCAAAAUCUGGUACAAUUCGACGAGUCAAGUUUCCCUUCCCCAGAUGCAUUAUCAGAAAUCCCUUCACAAGAGGUGCCAGUCUUACCAGAUAUACCACAUUCACCGGAUAUACCUACCAGCCCUCCCUCAGAUUUGUGUGCCCAUCCAUCGCCUAAUAGUAGCCAUUUUACUGUACCCCCGCAUCCAGCUAGGAAACGCGCAAAGAGAGCAUUGCCUCAACAUAUUGAAAAAUCAAUCGAGACACUCCAGUCAAUUAAAAAUCAAGCUCUGUGUAAUAGAGAAGUAGAAGACGAGUUCUAUUAUUUUGGCAAAAAUAUUGCUAGCCAACUACGACAACCACCACUAACCGAUGCUCAGACAGAAAUUUUAAAUUUAUUAAGAAUGAAAAGGCAGCAUAUUCUCCAGCAGACUAGCUCUUCUAGCUACUCACCACAAUCUGAAUGCUUUAUCGAAAUACCAGAACAUGUGGAUAUAUUUGAUGCUGGUCAAAAUAUUCCCAUUCGAGUUUUGAAAACAUAUACUCCACCAAAUACUGUCAUUCAGGCAACAGGGUCUGAAAAUGACGUUCGAGCAGAGAAUAUAUUAGAAGAGGCUAUAAGAAACAUACCGACUAUUAGUGAAGAUGCUGUGCCUGAAGAUCCUGGAAAAUAA